CGGAAACCUGAUUUAUAGCUAUCAGAAUUCACGAUACUACAUUUUCCGGAACACUACUUUUCACAAACGUGGAAACCAGUAUGACUGACGUUAAUAUCAUGGACGCCAUUGUUUUGCUGACGAAAAAGUACUGUGAAUUGCAUAACAACGGUAACAUGGAUGGACUGAUGAAGAUGUACACAAAAGACUGUACGAUACUGGCACCGGGUAAAGGCGUGCUAACCGGCCGAACAGAUUUACCCAAGGUUUGCGGAGGCACAGCACAACUCAGCAUCGACGUGGACGAGAUCGGCGGAGGCGGUGAUGUGGUCUUCUGUAUAAAGCGUAGUAGCCUUCGCAAAGCGGACGGUACUGUCGUCGCUGGUAAAGGUCUGUGUAUCUGGAAAAAAGUGCAUGGCGAAUACUUAUUAUAUGUUGAUUGCUGGAACGCCAACUAAAAUAUGAAACAAUAUAAGACACCCGCGUCACUGUUACGUAAUAGUCGAAUAUUCUUACAGAAUAACUUUUUUUUCAUAGAAUGUAGUCAGAAUGAUGAUAUAUACAGCGAUACUAACAAGUUCAUUUCACACACAAUCCAGACAAAAUGAUGGAACUGACUAGGCCGGUACCACCCGCCCUUCCUAGAAUUUCUCACGCCACGAUCAGCUACUGUCGCGCCACGCAUGUGCGAGAUAUGUGAUCCUAAACUUUGAUUUCCAUACAAUUUAUUGCGAUUUAACUAGAACUUGGCAACAUUUCGUUU